GUGUUCCAGGCCAGGCUUGCCACGUCUCUCUCGGUGUUGGGCUGGCUCCCGGCCUCUCCAGGUCUGGGCUUGCCGGCUGCGAGGUGGAGGCGUUGAGGGACUCAGUCGGCCGACACCAGGUGCCCAGAGGCCGGAGGUCAGUGCGCCUCGGCCGCGGCCCCGGCCCGGGCCCAGCCCCGCGCCCCUCACCAUGGGCCUGGCCCUCGCCCGCGGGCCCUGAGCAUGGAGCGGGGCUGGCCGCCAGGGGACAGCCGCAGCCGGGAGCGGCCCGCCGCCUGCCGCCGCGCCCUCAGCGUCUGCGACUCGCUGGACCUGCACGGCGCCCCGGCCGGCCGCGCUGCCUCCGCCCUGUGCGCCGUGCGCGAGCAGCCGGCGCGGCCGCAGAGCGUGUGCUCGGGCGGCCCGGGGCCACCGGCCGCUGGCGUCCGCGGCCUGCUGCUCGGCCUCCUGCGCCCGCGUCUCGGCCGCCGCGGCCCCCCCGACGGCCUCCCGCCGGCUCCCCGGCCCGCGUCCUCGGGGCGCCCCGGCUCGGCCGCGCCUAGCCCGUCGCCCAGCCCCGCGCCCAGCCCCGCGCCGGCCCGGCGCAGCCGCCCCCGUGGGACCCAGGCGCCGCGGCCCACCAGCAUGACGUUCCUGGAGGUGAACCGCCUGGAGCUGGCGGCCGAGGCCGAGGGCGCUGGCGCGGGGCUGGGCCGCGCGGGCAGCGCGGGUUUCCUGCGGGGCGCCUCGCUGUGGAGCAGCCAGCGCUGGCAGGUGCUACGCGGCGGCGGCGGGCGCAGCUCCCCGGGCCCCCGGCGCGGCCUGUCGGCGCUGAGGAAGAGCUUCAGCUUCCGUCUGCGCCGCGGCCAGGAGAUCCGGCGCGCAGAGUCGGGGCUGCUGCCCCGGGCGCGCACCCGCAGCGACGGCGACGCCAGCUCUCUGGGUGCCUUCUCCAGCCGCCGCGACCUGCUGCUGGGCGCCGCCGCGCCGGAGCCGGGCCGGCCCCACACUGCCGCCGGCCUCUGGAGGCUGCUCACCAGCCGCUUCCGCCGGAGGGAGCCCGCGCCCGCGCCCCCCGAGCCGCUGUGGAGCCGCCGGGCGGCCACGGCCCCUGGGCUCCUGGGCGCGCCAAGCGACUCCUUUGUGAACAGCCAGGAGUGGACCCUGAGCCGUUCGGUGCCGGAGCUUAAAGUGGGCAUUGUGGGGAACCUGUCUAGUGGCAAGUCGGCCCUGGUGCACCGCUAUCUGACGGGGACCUAUGUCCAGGAGGAGUCCCCAGAAGGGGGUCGGUUUAAGAAGGAGAUUGUGGUGGAUGGCCAGAGUUACCUGCUGCUGAUCCGAGAUGAAGGAGGCCCCCCUGAGCUCCAGUUUGCUGCCUGGGUGGACGCGGUGGUGUUUGUGUUCAGCCUGGAGGAUGAAAUCAGCUUCCAGACGGUGUACAACUACUUCCUGCGGCUCUGCAGCUUCCGCAACGCCAGCGAGGUGCCCAUGGUGCUGGUGGGCACGCAGGACGCCAUCAGUGCCGCGAACCCGCGGGUCAUCGACGACAGCAGGGCCCGCAAGCUGUCCACAGACUUGAAGCGCUGCACCUACUACGAGACGUGCGCCACCUACGGACUCAACGUGGAGCGCGUCUUCCAGGACGUGGCCCAGAAGGUAGUGGCCUUGCGGAAGAAGCAGCAGCUGGCCAUCGGGCCCUGCAAGUCACUGCCCAACUCUCCCAGCCACUCGGCCGUGUCCGCUGCCUCCAUCCCGUCCGUGCAUAUCAACCAGGCCACGAAUGGCGGCAGCAGCGCUUUCAGCGACUACUCAUCCUCAGUCCCCUCCACCCCCAGCAUCAGCCAGCGGGAGCUGCGCAUCGAGACCAUCGCUGCCUCCUCCACCCCCACACCCAUCCGCAAGCAGUCCAAGCGGCGCUCCAACAUCUUCACGUCUCGAAAGGGUGCCGACUUGGACCGGGAGAAAAAAGCCGCCGAGUGCAAGGUGGACAGCAUCGGGAGUGGUCGGGCCAUCCCCAUUAAACAGGGUAUCCUGCUCAAGCGCAGUGGCAAGUCCCUGAACAAGGAAUGGAAGAAGAAGUACGUGACCCUGUGUGACAAUGGGCUGCUAACCUACCAUCCCAGCCUGCACGACUACAUGCAGAACAUCCACGGCAAGGAGAUUGACCUGCUGCGGACCACGGUCAAGGUGCCAGGGAAGCGUCUGCCCCGAGCCACGCCGGCCACGGCCCCCGGCGCCAGCCCCCGGGCCAACGGGCUGGCCCUGGAGCGGAGUAGCGCGCAGCUGGGUGGCGGAACAGGUGCCCCCCACUCGGCCAGCAGCCCAGCCUGGGCCGGCCCGCGCCCAGAGGGGCUGCAUCAGCGCUCCUGCUCUGUUUCCAGCGCCGACCAGUGGAGUGAGGCCGCUGCCCUGCCCCCAGCCAGUGGCCCAGCCGAGGUGCUCAGUUCCAGCCCCAAGCUGGAGCCUCCCCCAUCUCCCCACUCCAACCGGAAGAAGCACCGGAGGAAAAAGAGCACCGGGACCCCCCGACCAGACGGCCCCAGCGGUGCUGCUGAAGAGGCCGAGGAGCCGUUCGAGUUCGUGGUGGUGUCCCUCACCGGGCAGACGUGGCACUUCGAGGCCUCGACAGCAGAGGAGCGGGAACUGUGGGUGCAGAGCGUGCAGGCCCAGAUCCUCGCCAGCCUGCAGGGCUGCCGCAGCGCCAAGGACAAGACUCGACUGGGGAACCAGGACGCAGCUCUGGCUGUGCAGGCCGUGCGCACCGUCCGUGGCAACAGCUUCUGUAUUGACUGCGACGCCCCCAAUCCAGACUGGGCCAGCCUGAACCUGGGCGCCCUGAUGUGCAUCGAGUGCUCGGGGACCCACCGGCAUCUGGGGGCUCACCUGUCCCGGGUCCGCUCCCUCGACCUCGAUGACUGGCCACCUGAGCUGCUGGCCGUCAUGACUGCGAUGGGCAAUGCCCUGGCCAACAGUGUCUGGGAGGGGGCCCUGGACGGCUACGCGAAGCCAGGGCCCGACGCCUGCAGAGAGGAGAAGGAGCGUUGGAUCCGGGCCAAGUACGAGCAGAAGCUCUUCCUGGCCCCGCUGCCCAGCUCGGAUGUGCCGCUGGGGCAGCAGCUGCUCCGAGCGGUGGUGGAAGACGACCUGCGGCUGCUGGUGAUGCUCCUGGCCCACGGGUCCAAGGAAGAGGUGAACGAGACCUACGGGGACGGGGACGGGCGGACGGCCCUGCAUCUCUCCAGCGCCAUGGCCAACGUCGUCUUCACGCAGCUGCUCAUCUGGUACGGGGUGGACGUGAGGAGCCGGGACGCCCGGGGCCUGACCCCGCUGGCCUAUGCUCGCCGGGCCGGCAGCCAGGAGUGCGCAGACAUCCUGAUCCAGCAUGGCUGCCCCGGGGAGGGCUGCAGCUUAGCCCCGACCCCCAGCAGAGAGCCUGCCAACGGCAGCAGCACCUCCGCUGAGCUGCACCGAAGCCCUAGUCUCCUGUAAGGCCCAGGAAGAGGGCAGAGGGGCCACAAGGACUCCAGGGCAUGGGGACCCACCUCCCUACGGGCGCUGGGAGAAACAAAGACAGAGACUGAGAAGCAGGGACACGCGGAGAGGAGGAGGAGCAGGAGACGGGAAGAGCCAAAGGGAAGAACUAAACGGGAGACACAGAAGGGUCCGAGGAGACGCCAGGCUUGGAGCUGCAGCGGAGGGGUCGGAGGGGUCUGGCCCCUGCCCUCCGGCGCCACUGAGAAGGGACAGGACCCUUUGGCGGUGCUGUGAGGAGAGGGGAGCAGGACCUCGCCCUCCUCCAGGUUCCUGCCUUCUCGUGCCGGCCCCCUGGGAGCCUCCUCCUAAAACGGAGCCUGGGUGGGGCAGACGCUGGGGGGAGUGACCUGCGAGUCCCAUGUAAAUGUGUACAUUGGAAUAUUUAUGUUUGUGUACAUAUUUGGUGUGUGUGAGAUGUGCCAAUAAACCAGACUGUGUGUGUGG